AUGUUAUAUAGAGGGAAGCGGUGCCAUCAAAUCGUGAGUAAUGGCAGUGAAACCAAAAAGGUAAGGUCUUGCAGAGCCUCAAUUGGAAUCAUAGGGUGGGCGGUCUGCGCGUAUCAGGAUAUGGAAUCGAUAAAGUCUUCAUCUUCCGGAAUUCCGGGCUUAGGUCCCCGCGCAGGGGUGAUCCUUCUCAGACCUUUCUCCGGAGACCGUAAUAAAGAGUCUUUGCUUACUUACAUUAUAAACGCGCUUCACUCUAAAGAGUUAAGUAAUGAAUCCUAUUUUCCCGAGCUUGCCUGGCUGGAAACGCCCAACGACUACAUAUCCAUCUGGAUGGCAGUGAAGAAGCAUAAUAGCCUUCUCCAUAAGUCUAACUAUAACCAUUGGUUCAAUGUAAUUAGGAUCACCUUAUAUCUUUGGACUUCUUAUCUACAUCACCUGAGACUUGGGGUUCUUCUUCAACUGUCUCAGAAACCUAACAUUUCUCUGUCAAGGAUGAGGAGCCAUCACUCUGACUGCCAGAACAGAACAAGGACCUUCUCUGAUGACGCAACCUUCAAGAAGGGAAUUCAGAAUCAUAAGACGACUUUGCAACAAAGAGAAAAAUAG